GGAGCGGUGAAGGAACUACUGAUAUUAUCUUGGCCUUUAACCAAGCGUGUCUCCAACCCUCUUCAAUUCUGGUCCAAGUCAGCGCUACACUUCCACGAUGGUUGUCGAGGCGAAACCAGCAGGAAAUGCUCCCACAGAGCUAGCUCGACUAUGGAGAGAUGCGUUCCAGGCUUACAACGAUGCGGUGGGGAAAAAAGGCCUGAAACUCGACCUCGACGGUGGCCAUCUCGUCACCAGCUUGGCCGAUGUUGUGGGUUCCGUCGACACGUCCAAAAAAUCGUUUGAGAAGUGGCGACACGACGGUGGAAACUGGGACAAAGCAGUCCACUUCAUCGGUAAGAAUCUUGACUACGCCCAGAGAGUCGGCGACCAGAUCGCUUGUUCUGCUGCUGCCUCGUUUCCUCCCGCUAGCGCGAUAUGGACUGUAGCAACGUACGCCAUCAAGGCAUGCCAGGCUCAGUCCAAGGACUAUGAUCAGUUACUGGGCCUUAUCGGAGAAGCAGGAUCCUUCUUAAAGACGCUUCAGAUCAUUGAGGACAAUUUCCCCGACUGCGACUGUUAUGCAGAAUGUGUCACCGAUGCAUUCACCGCCCUCAUGAUGGUCUUUGCCAUUCAGACAAAGUAUAUGUGGGAAGGACGGCCGUUGAAGUUCUUGCAUACUCUUGUCCAAGGCGGCGGCGACGCCAGACUCAGUGCAGCCUACGGCGAUGUUACCACUGCCAUCUCUCGCCUGAGUCGUGCGAAUGGUUUGAUGGCUGUGAGAAACACCGAGGACAUUAAGACAUUGGUAGGCAAUCUCGGCGAGAAAGUCGACUUCAUCCACGAGGAAAUGAUCGCCUACUUUCAAGACCAAGGCAAACGGAUUGAGGCUGGAUUCGACCUCCAGGAACUGAAUUUCCAGCAGCAGAGCGCCUCACUGGCCAGCAUUCAACGCAGCAUCAGAGAGCUUAAGAGCCAGCUGGCCCAGGAUACCAACGCUGAGACUGCUGCACAACCCACAAAAGACGCCGUAACCGGGAAAUCAGUGGCCCUGAAUAUCGCAAAGCACUUCUUCGGGGCACCUCCGAGCCCCUUGGCCAAAUUCAAAGAGCUACGUCGCUCAUUCGUACCCGGUACAGACUCUUGGCUCUACGAGAACAAGAAGUACCAGGAAUGGCAGGACGGGGACACAAAUUUCCUCUGGAUUACCGGCGAACCAGGGUUGGGUAAGACUCAUCUAGCUUACUCAAUCAUCGAAUCACUCCGAACCAAGACGAACAAGGACCCACAGACCUCAGUCGCAUAUUACUUCUUCCAACAAGAGAACGAACCUUUCAGGUCUGUCAAGUCGGCUCUCCAAUCAAUUGGUCUGCAAAUAGUCACCCAAAACCACAAGCUCUGUGAGAGACUUGCGAGCGGAGUGUCCGACAUUUGUUGUGCGAAGUGGUCCCUUCUCAACAUCUGGUUAUGGACAAUUGACGAACUGUACGAGAAGGACUCAAACGACCGACUUUUCCUCGUUAUUGACAGCCUUGAACAAGCAAAUCCUGCCCAAGCCGGAGAAUUCCUUGCCUAUAUGGAAGGCAUCGUCGACUUCAAGCAGAAGAUUAAGGUUGUUUUCACCGGCAACGACUUCGAGGCAUUGUCUAUGUGGCGUAAGUAUCGUGUCACCAAAGACCUUGCUACUAUUUCGAUCGACCCGAGUGCUGCCAGGAGUGGGAUGCAGAAGUUGCUUGAAUCUAGAUUCGAGUCGCUUCCUCGACUGUCGAGAUUUAGUGACCAUGUGAAGGCAGAGAUUGCCAAAGCCAUAACAGACGGGAAGUAUGGGCUUCAAUACGCUGACAGGAUUUUGCAAUACCUCGAUUCUAAAGGUCUGGAGCGUCCAGCUAUGAGAGCUCUCGACGAACUUCCAGGAGGUCUGCCUCACUUCUACAACAAUGUACUAACUACGUGCUCCGAUAAUUUGAGAGAGCAAGAACGGCUAUCACUGAAGCUCAUAUUCGCCUGGAUAGCUUUCGCAGAGCGCCCACUCACCCUCGAGGAGGCGUACAGCUUACUCAAGUUGAAGCUUGGAAAGUUGAUUGAUCUUGAAACGGAAAUAGCAGGAAGAUGUUCAAGCAUCUUGGAUAUGUCCAGCAAUCUCGUCUGGGAGGAGCUGAUACAAAGAAGGCAACGGAACGAAGUCGUUCACAAGGACUCCAACGUUGAGGGCCCGUCCGAAGACGAAGCUGACAAGGUUCAGUCUCGCGACAUGUACCAGCCGGAUAGCUCGCUUCUCCUUCAUUUCCAGGAAAACACACUUCGUGAGCACAUGCGGUCAGCAAAUGUCCCGAACAGCACUCUGCAGACGUCGCCGCUCCUUUCUCAUGUCGAUAUCUUUACCACUUGCGCAGAAGUGCUCUGCAGCCCUGAAGAACCAAGAGCCCCGGGGAACGCUGAUGCAAGACGGACACUCCAGAAGUACGCGGCGAAUUAUUGGAUGGCUCAUUUCAGACAAAUCAUAGACAUUGCCACGUCUAAGACGGAUGGGGUACAGGAACAGACUUAUACGAUUUCUGCUCCAGAUGAGGUUGUUACCCGAGUAGUCCAAUGCUUCAGUAGCAUCUCUUCGGACAGAGGUAAUGUUGUGAAGAAAUUAUUACAGUAUAAUGCAGGAUCCUGCUACGAUGACUUCAACGACGGAGUACCUUACUUUAUCAAACUAUGGGCACAGAAGGCCCUUGAAAGCUCACCAAAUCUUUUAGGGGAAGAAGUGAGGCUUUGGGCGCAGAGAGCAGUUGAAAACCCAGCCCAAGUUUUGCAACCCCUUGCGCGUGGCCAUGUAAUCCAUUGGUUUACCGAGAUCCAUGAGGACACGGCUUCGCGGGCUUUCAAACUAGCAUGGAAAGCUUUUGUUACACGCGAGAUUGAUGAGAAUUCUCCGUCUCAGGAAGAAGAAGAUGACCAGUGGUUCUACAAGGAAAAUGAAGUCGAAGGCAGCGGGGAUGAUGAUGCUUCCGAAGAGGAAGAUAUAACUUCCUGCGAACAACAACUAAUUUCUGCCUUCGAAGACGUUGUAGUCGGGCCGUCUGGUUACAGAGCCAUGGGAUUGGCGCUCCUCUCCGAGUGGGCAUUUGACGCUCUAGAGGCCUUCAACGAGAGCUUAAAACUUUGCGAAACAGAUAUCGACCAGUUUGCCACUCUCGCAGCCAUGGCCAAGUGCCACCACAGCAUUGAAGAUCACGACAAAGAUGCUUAUGAUAUGGCGUGCAAGGCACUCGCACUUGACCGCUCCGGCCUGGACAAGGGGUAUGAUGACCUGGUUCACACGGCCCUCAUUGUACGGGCUACCUACGAGUCCAACCACAACAUGCUCGAAGCCGCCGUCGAGUCGCUGCAGGAGGCCAUGACAGUCUAUUCUGGGGAUCGAGGAAAGACAGCCGAAGACUUCAGCAUGCUGCUUCGUAUUCUUGACAAACUCGGCCGCCACGAAGACAUCCUCGCCAGCAUUGUGAAGUGGGGUCCGAUACGACUCGCUGUGACUGCUGAGGACUGGGACGAGGUGAACAUGUGGUAUCAGAAAGCGGCCAAGCAGACAGGACAGGAGCAAGUCAUGAUUAUGACGUACGAACUCUUGGUCCAGGAACUUGCACCCUUGGAGUGGGCAUCACCAACGCGGUACCAGUAUGCGCUCGGCUGCCGCCGCAGCAUCGGCGAUAUGGCGAAGGCCAAGAGCUUACUGUAUGAGAUCCUGGACGCAGACAAUUGCAUCGAUCCGGCCACGGACACCGUCUCGGACAGCAUUCCUUACCUCGCACGCCGCGAGCUUGCAGAAAUCAUACACGACGAAUUUCUCCAAGCGACGAGCUCCGCGCAAAAGCGCGCUUCACUUUCCGAAAUCGAAGGCCUAGCGGGACGGAAACUCGGAAACGCCCAUCUCACGUCUGACAUCCAGGCGAACUUUCUAAAGAGGCCUGAAGCUACUAUCCUCGCCCGAAUGUACCGUCGCUUCGGGCCGCUGGACAAGUUCGAGGAGACGUUGACGGAGGCGUUCAAUAAUUGCCUGGCGAGCCUCAAGGACCAGAAUCCAUGGAACGAUUCGGAUACCUUGCGUGAGCUGUGCAAUGUGCUCGCUUGUCUCCCGGGCUUGCAGCGCGAGGCAGCGAUUGCACUGAGCGCACAGUUCUAUCAUGUGGACAAGGAGCUGAUGAUGAAGAGCUUGGAAAUGAUUUCGAGAUUUAGAGAGCUCGAUGACGGGCUUGGUUUAAAGUAUAGCAGCGAUGGAGAGUGGGAAGACACUGAUGAUGAUGACGAAGGGCAAGAUGAAGACGAAGAAGAUGAUGCCACCGAUGCCAAUUCCAAACAUCUCGGUGAAAUGCCCCAAGGUCCAGGGAAGAAGAACUGGAUCCGCGCCAUAGUCGACAACGAUGCCAACGACCGCUUUGACAUCAAAGGCCACCGCGGUAUCCGUUGCGGUGGCUAUUGUCUUGAUAAUCCCGGCGAUAUCACGAGCUGGGAUCAGACGGCAAUGUAUCGUUGUGUCGUUUGUACGGACUGCGAUUGGUGCGAGAAGUGCUAUUUAAACCGCGUCGCCAAUAGUGGCAGUUCCGAGGGAGAGAAAUGGCGGGCGUAUUGUGGUGCCGGGCAUGAAUUUAUUCGCGGACCGGCCGAGGGAUGGAUGGGAAUUAAGGAUGGAAAGAUUGAAAUAAAGGGCAAAGAGCCAGAGAAGUUUGAGGAGUGGUUGGGACGUUUAGAGAGGGAGCAAUGGCCCAAGGCCUGGAAGGAGUUUUGGAAGGAUUAAUGUGUAUAGCGGGAUGGUACGCUUUUGUUGGCCAAGCGGGAAAUUCAACAUCUGGGAAGGCUGUUAUAAAGAUAAGAAAUAUAACUCUCUUAUCCCUUAGUUAAGGACUGUAGCAGCUUAGUUUUCCAAGUGAAUAACCCUUUACUGAAAAGGUCUUAUUAGCAGGAAGGCUAAGCGUAAAGUGAACUGAGGGGAGGAGUAAUUUUACAUUUAGAAAUAUAUAAUUAG